AUGUUAAUUGGAUUCGCACUGACGUUUUUAACCGUUGUCUUUUUAGUGAUUCUAAUCUUAAAUACUUCGGUUAGAACAAAUGAAAAUGGAUAAAUAAUUGAGAUGACUCUCGAAAUUGUAUUAUUUGACUAAAUUUAAUUAGAAUAGAUAGAAAUAAAUAGAGUAAAAUAUUUUAAUCAAAGAAUUCAUCUCUGUUUACAUGCAAAUUUAUCAUAUGCUAAUCAGAAUUCCGUUAUUGUACUCCCAUUUACACAUUCUCAAUUAUUAUCAAAUGUCAAGUAUUAAAUAUUUAUAUUAGAUUCACCUAACUAGUUCUUGCUAUUUGGUGCUAGUAUUAGUGGAUUUUCAAUAGCACUUCAAUUUGUUUUUAGCUUGUUUAUUGAUAUGCAUUGUUUCGAAUUUAAAAUGAAAAAGCAAGAUUUCUUAGGGAGAUUUAAUUAGUAAAAGGUGCAUUUAGUAUUUGCGUUCCAAACAACUAUAGUCAUCUUAACAGGAUUGAAAAUAAACUCUAUAAUUGUUUAAGUCUUUUACUUCCUAUAUUUGUUUAUGAGCAUUCUAAUGAGUUAUAAUCAGCUAAUUUAUGUAGAAGUCCAAAUUUCAAGAUUGCAAUUUCAUAUAUCAAGCUACUUGUUUAUAUACUAGAUAACUCUUUUGGUGGUUCAACUUAGUCAUGUAUUUGAAAGUCUAAAUGUUUUAGGAUUUCUAAUGUUUUUUUAUCCCUUCACUGCUUAUAUUCUCAAAAUUCUAACGGAAAGAUAAAAGAUCUCAUAACUAAAAUCCAUAGGAAAUUCAUUGGAAAAAUAAAUUAGAUUUAUAUAUCACUUGUUUAAAAAAUAAAUAAAACUAAAGAAGGAGUAAAGAUCAUUGGAUCCAAUGGAAUCCUUGUUCAUGUACUCAUUUACUACAAAUCACUUGAGAUAUUGUUCCUAGAAUAGAGAAAGAAAAUUAUAAAAAUAGAUUAAAAUGAAAUUUCGGUGUUUCUGUGAAGAAUUUUCAGAAAAGGAAAACUUUUAAUUUGAUUCAAUCAGUUAGAUGAAGAUAUUUGCUAAGGAAUUGAUAUCAUAAACCUUAGAAGAUGAGAUUCUAGAAACUUCAAAUACAUAUUUAGCAUUGAUUUACAUUUACUUUUUAGUUCAAGUUAAGAAACUGCCGACUUAAGCAAUUUAUGAAGUGAUUCGACUGUCAAUGCAAACAUAAGUAAUUGAUCUUUCUUAUAAAGGGAAUGACAAUUAAGGAAUAGGCAAUCAUCUAUAAAUUGAAAUACGAUGCUUUGGAAGAAUUCGAUCAAUUAGUUAAAAAGAAUGAUCUCAAAAAUCAAAAGUAUAUAUUUAAACGAGUGUAUCAAUAUGAAGAAUCAGUAUCUAUAAUCAAAUAAAAUAUAUGCUUAAUUGCGAAAUAAUUUAAAGUAAUAGAAUUUAUUAUCAAUCUUAGGAAUGGUAUGCGUUGAUCUUAACAUCUGUUAUUGAUAUUGAUUAAUUGGUAACUAUUGGAUUUGAGAUUUUGAGGAAUAUUAAAGCUGUUGAGACCCAAUUACAGUAGGCAUUUACUAUAAACCCGCUCUCAAAUGAGUGCGACACAAUCUAUAAUCUAUUUUCUAAAUAUAUUUAAUACAACAAGAGCAGACCAAAGUUAUAUCGUUUGGAAGGAAAAUUGGUGACAUUAUUUAUGUAAUCAAUUGAAAAAACAAUAUUUGAUCCUGGUAGUUGUGUGAUUUAGAUCACUUUACUGCAGCCUAGAGGAAAUGUACUAAGAUACACAAGAUCGUUUUAGUAGGCAAUUGGUUUUAAGGAUGAAGAGAUCAAAGAUUAGAAUAUACAUAGAUUCAUGCCUUAAAUAAUUGCUGAUGACCAUGAUAUGUAUUUAGAUAAUUUUGUAGAGAGAGGAAGAAUCAUAGUGGUACGAUCUGAGGUUAGAGUGAUAUUGGGUAAGAACAAAGGCUAAUUUUUGGUUCCUAUUAAUACAAGAUUGAGAAUUGAAACAAGUCCCACUGAGUUUGGUGCUACUGCUCUUAUUACACCUGUGAAUCUGACAUUUGGAUAUAUGAUUUUAAAUGAGAAAGGACAAAUUGAAGAAAUUACUUAAAAUAUUUUCGAAGAAAUGUUCUAAAAGCAUUUAGGCAUCUAAAUAUCAUAAAUAAGAGGAUUGGAUUGCUUAUUUUUUGUGCCUCAAUUAGCUAAAAUUUGGGAGGAGAUUUAUGAUUAAAAUUUCGAUAAAUUAGAUAGAAAGUUUGAAUGCGAAUUCAUCAUUCCAUUAAUUAAUUAAAACAAAAGCAUGUCGUAAUCAUAAUUAUCAAAAAGUUUAUCCAAAUUAUAUUUUUAGAAGUAAAUUUAUAAGAAUUUUGAAAGUCAACCUAAUGAAAACGUUAUUUUUCUUGUUUAAUUACAUCUCAUAAGUUUGGUUACCAUAAAUUUGAGGUAUCAGUACUAUUUGAUUAUUUAGAUUAGUGAUAUUGGAAUUGUAAGAUUAUAGAUUGUUGGCAAAUUAAAGGCUAUCAAGUAAAUAAAUAAUAUAGUUAAGGGUGAGAACAUCUAAAUAAUUUAAUACUUAAUAGUUUCAAAACUCAACAAGUUUUAGGGAACAGACAAGUUUAUUGAAUUCGCCUUGGAUCAUAGAUUGCGAUUUAGAUCACAAUUUGUUGUAAGAGGAAGAAAGAAUGAUGGAUGAAGUCAAAAAUUAAUUGGCUACUGUUAACAUCACUAAUACAACUCAUCAUUAAUAAAUACAACUGAUUUAAUAUGCUUAAGAUGAAAUUGAAAGUCUCUAAGAGAAACCACCGUAAGAAGAAUAACCUUCAAUCAAGAUGGAUGAUAAGAAGAAGAAUCAAAUUAAUAAAGUGGACAAUUAAAAUAAUAACUCAAUCGGAAGUAGAUCUUCAUAAAACAAUCAAUCAUAAAUCAAAAGGCAAAUGAGAGAUUGCUUAAAUGAUACUCCUGCAAUUAACAAAAAACAAGCACUUGUUCUACUGCUAUUUUAUUUAUUGAUAAUUGGAUCAUACAUCAUAAAUUGCUUACUUUUUUAAUCAAAUUAUUAGAAGAUUUAAUAAAAUCAAUCCAGUUAGAAUUUGCCAUAUUAAUUAUCAUAUUUCUAUAAUGAAUUUGUGAUUUCUUACUUCUAUUUGAAAUAUAGUUUAUUAUUCCCAUUUUCUGAUUUGCAAUAGAUUAGUUUAGAUUUUUAUUAGAAUGAAAUUAAAAAUAUAGAUGAUGUAUUGAAGAAUAUACCAGAAAUAGAAACAAAUCAAGAUAAUUCAUUGCAACAACAAUCAAUUUAUAUUAUUUAAUAAAUGAUAAAUCAGAAAAAUAAUUAAUUAUUUAAUGACAACACUUUUUUGAAUAAUACCAUAUACUUUGAGAGUGUGAUAAACAUCUUAUAUGCUGCAGAUACAACUAGAAAUAUUAUAGACAUCUAAUAUAUGUAAAUAAUUUAUAAUAUUUAUGAAUAUUAUUUUUAGAGUUAUAGCUGAAGAAAUAGGUCUAGUGUUAUUUAUCUGUUGGUAUGCCUACAAGUGCAUUAAACUUAUACAAAUGAAAUAAAAAGUAUUCAAAUUGUUUUGUACAUUCACUACAGAUGUAAUCUAAGAACAAUAUUUAACGUUUUCUUCAUUAUAUUCACUUAUGAACACAGCAAAAUUCAAAAAGGAAGAUACUAAUGAAGAGAAAUUCGAAAUGGUCAUGGCAUAAGCUUUUCACAGAUAAUCAAGUAAUUCAAUUUUGGAUAAAUACCAAAAAGUAGGAAAAAGUAUAAUUUAAAAAAGUACGUAAAAUGUUUAAAUAUUAUAGGAAAUGAUUCAACACAAAUAAUCUUUUUCUUAUUUGUUUUGAUAAUGAUGAUUGUGUGUUCCAUUUAUUUUAUUGGUAGCAAUUUAAUGCAUCAAGCAACUAUUGAUAAAAUUCUAGUCUAAUUUAAUGAUAAGAUAUUGUUUUAAUAAGCCUGUUAUGAGAUCACUUUGGCAUUUGCCUAAUCCUCUGUUUUCAUUUAAACAUAAAUCACUAGUGACACCCUAAGAAUUUAAAAUUAAACUGUUAGUUAACUCAAUGAUUUAAGAAAGAAAUUGUCAUUGUAUCAAGAGGAUGAGACCAUUUACAACAUAGUGACAAAAUCAGCUUGUAAUAUUUUCAAUGAUUCAUUGUAAGUUUUCAAUUUAAUUACAUUAGAACAAGUUUAGAGUAAUAUGAUGAAUUAUUUUCGUAUGACUAAUGUAUGAGUUAUCCCAUUUUGCAGGGAGGGUUGAGUGUAAUCUUUGCAGACUUAUGUGAUCAAUAACUCAGAUUUUUGUAGGAUUUAGAAAACAAUGCAACUUUGGAAUAUCUUCAGUCUAAUUAUUAUUCGGUUACAUCUUAAAUCGAAAGACUAUACGAUUCAAUGGGAUUUUUUGUUAUUGUUUCAACCUUGACUAACCAAAUAAAGAAAUCAGUAGAAGACAAUACAACAAUAGACAUUAUUUUGGUAGUGUUUUCGGCUUUAUUGAUGACGAUUUCAAUGAUAACAAUGGUUAUCUCAAUGAGAAAUAUUCGAUCGCAUUAUUAAAAAAGCAAAUAACUGCUAACUCUAGUUCCUUUAGAAAGAUUACUCGAAAAUGCUUAUAUUUUAAGCUUUUUAUAAUAAGAUAUUAAACUUCAAAAUUGA